AUGGAGAUGACCAUGGGAUAUUCAUGUGUUGAAUUGAAUCAUUUACCUGAUGAAAUUCUUCUGAUUAUUUUUAAAAAAUUGAAUAAUGUCGCAUUACUUUACUCUUUAAUAGGUGUUGAUGUACGUUUAAAUAAAAUAGUAUAUGAUUCUAUUUUUACAAAGCAUUUGGUCUUAAUGACAUUUGCUUCUAAUGGUUGUGUUUAUUCGUUGGCUGAUCUAAUACUUGAUCGAUUUUGUUCGUAUAUCUUACCUGAAAUUCGUCAAAAAAUCGAAUGGCUUGAACUUGAAUCGUCAUCAAUGAAACGUAUUCUUCUUGCGACAAAUUAUCCUAAUUUAUAUAAACUUGGCAUAUAUAAAAUUCAAGCCGAAAGAGCUGUCCAUCUUUUUUCUGAUGAAACUCUUUUCCAUUGUACUUUGAAAAAACAAAUUUCAGCGCUGGUUAUUGAUACUGAUGGAGAUGGAGGACAAACAGCAACAGAAAAUGUGCAUAGACUUUUAUUCACACAUAUCCUUACUACAUUCACUAAUCUACAAUAUUUAAGUUUUGGUCCAUCUUCAUUUUGGUAUCAACAAUUAUCUUUCAAUAUUUCGUCUCCAACUGUUAUCUCCUCAAUUCUGUUAAAAUUAUGCGUUUGUUUGGACAAUUUUAUCGAUUGUCUUUAUUUACUUGAUGGACGUUUCAAUCAGCUUCGUACAUUUUAUGUUAAAAUUGAAUUCAUAACCAUUUCACGUUUAACAAUCAAUAACAAGGAAAAACUACCUAAUCUACGAUCGUUUUCGCUAUAUAGUGAUAUUAGUACAGAUCUCUAUGAUGAAUUAAUUGUACCACUUUUACAUCGAAUGCCAAAUUUAGAAAAACUUGAUUUGUCUCUUCUAUUUUGGGUCAAAAAAACAUUUAUUGAUGGCAAUGUCUUGAAGACAAGUAUUAUCAAUCAUAUGCCACGAUUAAAUAAAUUCACAUUUAAUAUUCGUUCAUCCGUUCAUUUUGAUGAUCAUAUUAAUUUACCAUCAAAUGUAGAUAUUCAAAAGACAUUCAAAGAUUUUAAAGAUAAUCAAAUUAUUUCAUGUGUUGAUUAUUAUUCAAAGACAAAAACAAGUCGAUGUCAUAUUUAUUCAUACCCAUACAAAUUAAAAUAUUAUAAUGAUAUAACAAAUAAUUUUGCUGGUGGAUUAUUUAAAUGUGUUCGUAAAGUGUCAUUAGUUGAUGAACGUUCUUUUGAACACAAAUUUUUUCUUCAAAUUGCUCAAUCAUUUCCAUUGUUGAGAGAAUUAACUGUAAUUAAUCAGAAACGACAAAUUGAUAAACAAAUUAGAAAAUCAAAAAACGAAAAUAAGGACUUACCAAUCAUUGAAUAUCCUCAUCUUGCUCAACUUGAUCUUACUGGUGCUCACAUAGAUUAUCAUGAACAAUUUUUAGUGGACACCAAAACGUAUUUACCAAAUAAUCUUCGCCUUUCUAUGAAUUGUCGAUCUGCGAAAAAAGUGACACGCAAUUUCAGACGAAAUACAACUCGAAGUAAUUGUGCGAAACUGAGUUAUGUAUAUUUAUUUAGACAAUUCAAAUUUCCUGAACACUUAAAAGACUAUUUUCCUCAUGCGGAAAUAUUCUGAAUAUCGUCAAUUAUUAUUAAAAUAAAAUAGAUCAAUUUACAUAAAAUUAUAAUAUUAAGGUUAAUAUAGAUAUCAGAGACUGACGGGAUGCGGGACCAAUCCUGUCCCGUCCCGUCCCGUCUCGUCCCGGGACGGGACGGGAGAAGAAAAAAAUAAGUAGGGCGGGACU